AUGGGCCAUUCCGCAAGUCCGUCACCGUCGCACCGGCCGCGGAAGAAGAGAAGAUUGCUAUCCACGGCUGCUCCCCACUCGAACGUCGAUCUUAUUACCAACGCAGACUCCAGCAAGCCUUCCCCUGCCUUCCCGAUUGUGUCGUUCCUAUGGCCCGCGCGUGCCGGCGUAUCCCAAUGGGUCGUGCUACCUCUGAUUCUUAUGGUCGUUGGGCUAUUCCGCUGGUCAGUCAGCCUAUGGGGAUAUUCGGGCCAAAACACUCCUCCAAUGUAUGGCGAUUUUGAGGCCCAGAGACACUGGAUGGAAAUUACCACUCAUCUACCUAUAUCGUUUUGGUACUUCUACGACCUACAAUGGUGGGGUUUGGAUUACCCUCCUCUUACUGCUUACCACAGCUGGCUUCUAGGCAAAUUCGGUUCGGUCAUUGAACCUUCCUGGUUCGCCCUGGACGACUCGCGCGGAAUUGAAGGACCGUUACUCAAAGUUUAUAUGCGCGCCACGGUCGUGGUCUCCGAAUACCUCGUCUACGUCCCUGCUGUUGUUAUCUUUCUUAGGAGAUACUCCCGAAUGCAAGGCACUCACGUUUGGGCUUCUUCCAUUGCGCUGGUCGCCAUCCUUAUGCAACCCGCCACUAUUCUCGUGGACCAUGGACAUUUUCAGUACAACACCGUUAUGCUUGGACUAGUGGUAGCUGCAUUAGAAUGCAUGUUCGCCGGACGGAUGCUUUGGGCUUCUUUGUUUUUUGUAUCUGCCCUAUCCUUCAAGCAAAUGGCAUUGUACUUUGCCCCCGCGAUAUUUGCCUUUAUGCUUGGCGCCUGCUUUUCACCACGCGUCAGACUUGGCCGGUUGAUGUGCAUUAGUCUCAUUACGAUUCUUGCCUUCGGUCUAAUGUUCGCCCCUUUCAUAAUCACGCCGCUCUAUAACAAAUAUCGUGGCAUUGAGCUGGCACUGCCCAGUCCACCGCUCCUUCAGAAUCUUCCAGUGCAGCUGGAUGAGUCCUCGUGGGUGUUCCCUCCGGUGCUGCAGCUCGCCCAAGCAAUCCACCGCAUAUUCCCGUUUUCGAGAGGCUUGUUCGAAGACAAAGUUGCUAACGUCUGGUGCACUAUCCACACAUUCUACAAACUACACCGUUUUCCCUCAACUUUACUCCAACGCGCGUCACUUGGCGCUACCAUUCUAUCAAUCGUGACGCCAUGUACGCUCAUCGGCCUAUACCCUCGACCGACACUUCUUCUACCAGCGCUGGCAAGCACAGCGUGGGGGUUUUUCCUUUUCUCGUUUCAAGUCCAUGAAAAGAGCGUCCUUUUACCACUCCUUCCCAUGACCCUACUUCUUGGCAACGACCGUGGCUUAAGCAAGGAAACACGAGCAUGGGUUGGGUUGGCGAACAUGCUCGGCGUGUGGACACUUUUCCCGCUGCUACGACGCGACGAAUUGCGCGUUCCCUAUUUUGUCCUCACCUUGCUGUGGGCAUACCUGCUUGGCCUCCCGCCAACAUCGCUAGAUCUAUAUCGGAAUGAAUCGGCAGGGUCGUCUGAAGCUACGCAAGAGAAUGUCGCCGGAAAUUUGCAUGUUCUGACGAAGAUAUUGCAUUUGAUUUAUUAUUUGUCUAUGAUAUUUUGGCAUAUUCUUGAGGCGUUCGUUGCGACUCCGGCAGGGAAACCGGAUUUAUGGGUUGUGCUCAACGUUUUAAUCGGAGCAUCCGGGUUUGGCAUUUUAUAUCUAUGGUGCACGUGGAAACUUAUCCAACACACUAGACUAAUACGCUCAUCGGCGGCUUCAAAGGCGUCAAAAGGCCAGCCCGUGACUGAAGAGAAAAAAAGAAAAUAG